AUUUAUGAGACACCAGAGAAGAGGAGGGAGGAGUUUAAUCGGAGCUGCUGCGAGAAGACGAAACAUCUUCCAAAGCAUUCCUCUGCUGCUGGAGCGAAAGAGGAGUCAGCUGACGAGAGGAGGGUCCAGGGGGCGGGGCUUCCGUGACAAUUACUCCAUGCUAACGAGCACUUUGGUAACACUGAGCUGAACCUUUGGACUUUAGUGUCAGAGCUGAGCCGGAGCUGAGGAGGAACUGAGCUGGAGACAUGGAGAAUGUUCCAGAGGAGCGGAGGAUGAGGAGGAGGGAGGAGAUGAUGGUGAAGAGUGGAGGUGGAGGUGAGGAGGUGGACAAGGAGACGCUGAUGAUGGAGCUGACGAAGCUGGUGCAGGAGAUGGUGAGAGAGAGCAGCUGGUGGGAGAAGAGAGGAAUCGACUGCAGCAUCCUGACUGCAGCUUUCCUGUGUCUGCCGCCAGCCUUCCUGCUGCUGUCCUCCUCUCACAUCCUGGGGUUCUCUGCCGGUUGGAUCUUGAUGGCCGUGGCUCACGCCGUCAUCACCAUCAAAGGGACACAUUUGGCGAGUCACGGGGCACUGAGCGAGUCGCAGACCUGGUCCAGGUUCUGGGCCGUCUUCUUCAUCGAGAUCUGCGGCUCGUUCUCUGCGCGGGUUGGUGUGCAGGGUCACAUAAAGAUGCAUCACGCUUACACUAACGUGGUCGGACUGGGCGACUCCAGCGUGUGGAAGGUUCCGUUCCUGCCUCGCAGCGUCUACCUGUUCAUCGCCCCGCUCACCGUUCCACUCAUCACUCCAUUAGUGGCACUCGCUCACAUUAGAGGUCAGUCUUUCAUGGUAAUUUCCAGAACCGUCCUCAUGGUGGCGCUGGGUUUGUUGUCUCAGUUCUGGCUCCUGGUCCACGUCUCUGGAUUCCGGUCUCCUGUCACGGCCUUGUUGUGUAUGUUCACCUGCAGAGCGGCGUUCUCUGUGCCGUACAUACACGUCAACAUUUUCCAGCAUAUCGGCCUCCCCAUGUUCUUGCCGACCCAUCGACCCAAGCGGAUCUACCAGAUGAGCCACGGCGUCCUGAACUUACCCAGAAACCCUCUGCUGGACUGGAUCUUUGGACACUCGCUCAUCAACUGUCACGUGGAGCAUCAUCUCUUCCCCUUCCUGUCUGACAACAUGUGUUUGAAGGUGAAACCCGUCGUGUCCAAGUUCCUGAGCGAGAAGCAGCUUCCGUACCAGGAGGACGCGUACCUGUCCCGCCUGAGCGUCUUCUUUCACAGGUACCAGGAGCUGAUGGUGUUUGCUCCUCCCAUCACAGAGCUGGUGGGGGUGCAGUGAUACUAAAGCCUGCUAAUGCUAAUGACUGCUAAUGCUAAGGACCGCCGGUACAAAAGCACAAGCUUCUGUGAUUAAAGACGUUUCUGCUGAUUCACCACAACUUCCAAGGUUUGAACUCUUGUCUGCACUCACACCAAACACAAACCAUUUUCUCCUCACGUUACUCCGGGGGCAGCUAAUGUCUGAGUGGAACAGAAUUGGGCUUGUAAUCAAAGGGUUACUGGUUUGAAUCCCCUGGUGUAGCCCUGGGCAAGGUACCCAAUCUCCACUGCUCAUUGAUAAUUGGACACAAGGGGGCCACAUCAAGGGUUCUCUUAGUGCCGGGUUAAUGUGCAGAUCAAACACUGUGGCGCCCCCUAGAGAUGGAGACGCUGUCAAACAUUAGGUCAUAGUUUCCACAUCCGUGUGUCUGCAGAGGUCUGAAUGGUGCGUUUUCUGUCAUAUGUAAAAUAAUACAUCCUGAUAUAUACAAGUUAUGUGGAAGCCACAAGGCAGCGCUGGUUGGUAGAAUAAAGUUAUUGCUAAAACCUUACAA